AGGGGUGCGGCGAGUGAAGAGUGACCUCAGCUGGAGGGGCCUCUGCUGGCUUCAGAGGCAGCACGGCAGCGCUGAGGGAAGUCAUCUCCCCUGCGUCCCAUCCGCCCUCUCUGCCGGCCGCGGCGGAGGACCCGGGGUGCCAUCCUACGCAUAAGUUGGAGCUUGGGUUCUGGCUGAGACGGCCUGAUGCCACAGCCCGGCUGCCUGUCUUCCUGCUACUUCUGCUGGGUGAUGGAAACCCCAACCCUGACCACCAGCAGCGCCCUCUGGGCUCUCCUUCUGGCCACACUCGGCUCUGCGGCCGGCCAGCCACUGGGGGGAGACACCGUGUGCACAGCCCGGCCCCUGGCCAAGUACAGCAUCACCUUCACGGGCAAGUGGAGCCAGACGGCCUUCCCCAAGCAGUACCCUCUGUUCCGGCCCCCCGCACAGUGGUCUUCCCUGCUGGGGGCCGUGCACAGCUCCGACUACAGCCUGUGGAGACAGGACCAGUACGCCAGCAACGGGCUGAGGGACUUCGCGGAGCGCGGCGAGGCCUGGGCCCUGAUGAAGGAGAUCCAGGCUGCCGGGGAGAGGCUGCAGAGCGUGCACACAGUGUUCUCGGCGCCCGCCGUGCCCAGCGGCACCGGGCAGACCUCUGCGGAGCUCGAGGCCCAGGCCAGGCACUCGCUCGUGUCCUUUGUGGUCCGCAUCGUCCCCAGCCCCGACUGGUUUGUGGGUAUCGACAGUCUGGACCUGUGUGAUGGGGACCACUGGAGGGAGGAGGUCUCCGUGGACCUCUACCCACACGAUGCCGGAACAGACAGUGGCUUCACCUUCUCCUCCCCCAACUUUGCGACCAUCCCACAGGACACGGUGACCGAGAUAACAUCCUCCUCUCCCAGCCACCCGGCCAACUCCUUCUACUACCCGCGGCUGAAGACCCUGCCCCCCAUCGCCAGGGUGACCCUGGUGCGGCUCCGGCAGAGCCCCAGGGCCUUCAUCCCGCCCGCCAUGGAUCUGGCGGGCAAUGACAUCCUGGACAGCCUCUCAGUUCCAGAAACGCCACUGGACUGUGAGGUCUCCCUGUGGUCCUCCUGGGGGCUGUGUGGAGGUCCAUGCGGGAAGCUGGGAGCCAAGAGCAGGACACGCUAUGUCCGCGUGCAGCCCGCCAACCACGGGGCGCCCUGCCCGGAGCUGGAGGAGGAAGCGGAGUGCAUCCCUGACAACUGUGUGUGAGCCCUGCCUGGUGGCCCUGGCCCAGUCUCUGGGGUUGGGGCCACACAGCGAGCGGGCUCAGUGGGCAACGCUGUCAUCACCUCUCUGAGCUCCGCUGCUGACAGACGCCUCUGCACAGACGUGCCUUGGGCCGUGAGCAGGCGCCUCCUUGCUGCAAGUUCUCCCUCGCGGCCCCCACGUCCGAGGCCUGCCCGCUCGUGGAGGCUCAGUCUGCGCUAAGUCACACCGGUGCCAUUUUCACUGUGUGGUGCAUUGUCCUCCAUGCAGAGGACGUGCACACAGCGCCCGGCUGGUCGGUGCUGCAGGAGAGCCAGGCGCCCAGGCCCGGGCGACCCAGACUGCUCGCGGCUGAGGAAUGCCUCCGACCUGGUGCCUGGGCAGCUGCUGGCCCCGCAGCCCCGCACCCACACCUGCUCCUCAGAGCGAGGCUGCCACCCGGCGCUUACUGCUCCUGGCACCUGACCAGGUAGCACAGCAAGAGACAAGUAAAGGGGGGCAGGCUGGGACACUUCACCUGUCAUUGUCACGUUACCAAUCUGUGCACCUGAAUAAAGACAAUCUGUUUCUUGACA